ACUGGUAUAAAGUGAAAGCCACAGAACAGUAAUACUGUUCUGUGGUGAAAGCUCUUUUGAGUAUGUAUUCUUUGGUGAAAGGCGCUUGUCACUUGUCAGUGCAGCUAAGGUCAAUGUGGCGGCCGCGGCGCCUAUAGUUUGCAGCAGCUGACCGUGUAGUGUAUCUGACUAUUACUCAUUUGUGCCAGUGCUCCACGCUAUAUUAUUUGUGUUUAAUUUUUGUCAGUGUUUAAUGUAAAUGUUGUUAUUUAUUAAAGUGAAACUUUUAUUUGCUUUUGGUAAAUGACGACACAGCUAGUGAGUCCAAAAAACUGAUCAACGUGGAAAAAAGCAAAGAAUAGUGCAAAAAAAAAAUGAAUGACGAUGAAUUAAAUUUACGCCGUAAAAAACAGAACGCUGACAGAGCACGUGCUUAUAGAAAAAGGAAAAAAGAUCUUGAUGCCAUGCCCAGUACUGAUACCGUUCAAAGUGGUGAGCCUGCAUCUGAAAAUAUUGUUACAGCAAAACUUUUACAUCAAAAGCAACUAAAUGCGGAACGAUGCCGCAGGUAUCGUCAAAAAUGCAAGCGGCUAAAAUCGGGUGCCAAUUUUAACCGAGGCACUAGUGACAGCAAUACAAUUACAAGUCGAGAUACAAGUACAAGUCGAGAUACAAGUACAAGUCGAGAAUUAAUUGUUAAUCCAGAGGAAUUUCAAAACUCGUCCGAUCAACCUCAAAAAUUUUUUAACCAUGAAUCUUCACCGCAGGCUCCUGAAGAUACAACUGGCAAUGCAAACACUUCUACUCCUGCGGGCGCACGCUUUCGUCGGUACCGACGAAGAUUGAACGCACGAAGAACUCACGCAGAAGAAAAUCCUUCAUCGAUCUAUACAUUUUAUAUGAGACAUAACGGAGCUCAUAAUCUUUUUAAAACCUUAUUUGAGGAUAAUCCAUUUGGUUUUGCGUGCACUGUUUGUGAUAGAUUAUGGUUCAAAAAUGAUUUGAAAUCAUUUCGUUUAUCGUGCAGUGCAAUCUUAGAACAAAUAUGCCCAACUGUCUCGUUGCAAGACAUUCUUGUGUGUGCGACCUGUAAAACUUCGUUAACUGCUGGAAAAAUACCGAAUUUGGCUGUGUACAAUGGAUUUAAGUAUCCACCUAAGCCUAAUCUCCCGAAUUCAGUAGAAUAUUGGCAAAGUCGAAAGAAAGACCUCUUUGCAAUGAUCCGGCAACUUGGUAAGCCAACAGUAUUUUUGACGAUGAGUGCCAAUGAAAUAUCAUGGAAAUGGCUUUUGAAAACAUUGCAUAAAUUGAAAUAUGGCACGGAGAUAACUGAUUUAGAAAUUGAUCAGCUGCAUUAUAAAGUCAAGGCAGAAUUAAUAAAUGAAGAUGCUGUAACAUGCGCUAUUUAUUUCAAUAAACUCGUCAAUGUCAUGAUGAAAAUUCUCCAACAUAAAACCAUUAGCCCAUUCGGUAAGCAUUAUGUUCAACAUUAUUUCAAGAGGAUUGAAUUUCAACACAGAGGAAGUCCUCAUGCUCAUAUUUUACUUUGGCUGAAUGAGGCGCCUAAAGAUUCGUUUGGAGCAGACAUUAAUUCUACUAUUCAGCUUAUUGAUGAUUUAAUUUCAGUAUCGAGCACAGAAGCGUCAGGAAACAUUAAUCUAGUCACACACCAUCACACUUUUACAUGUUAUAAAAAUGAUCAGAAUCAACGAAAAUGCAGAUUCAACGCCCCUUUCAUGCCUAGUAGGUCAACGAUACUACUCAAGCCUUUGGCUAAAUCUACUGAUGAUGAAAGAUAUGUUUAUGAUGAGUAUAAGAAAAGAUAUAAAACAAUACACCAAAAUCUCGAAAACAAUAACUACGAUGAUAUUGAUGAUUUUUAUAAUAAAAAUAACAUUUCAUCAGAUGAGGACUAUCAUAAAAUUCUAUCUGCUGGAAUUUCAAGACCAAUGGUUUUCGUUAAACGGCAUCCUAAUGAAAAAUGGCAUAACUUCUUUAAUCCAUUUAUAUUUCACCAUUUGCAGUCGAACAUGGAUAUCCAAUACAUUACAGAUGAGUAUUCCUGUGCUGCAUACGUUGUGGAGUAUGUAAACAAAUCGAAUCGAGGCACUAGUAAUCUUCAGCAGGAACUACUGGAUCUUUUGGAAUAGAAAUGUCCAGCCAAGAAGCAGCAUGGUUUCUUCUUAGAGAACCAAUGUCUAAAUCAACGCUUAAGGUUGAAUUCAUACCUACGAUGUGGCCUCAGGAACGUCAUCGUAUUCGAAAAACAGAAAGAAUUAGAAAGACUUUCUGAUAACGAUACCAAUAUUUGGAAAGAAAAUUGUUUCGAAAAAUACGAAAAUCGACCUGUUUGCUGAGUUUGUUGCUUGGUAUCCAGUCAAAUCUGGACAAAUCCCGUCGGAACCUGCACUUACAGACGAAAAUUCGAAUUCAGAAGAUGAAGUAGACAUUGAAGAAGAGUUAGCACCAGAAGAAAACAUUAAUCAACAAAGUAAUAAAGUAUAUUACCGACGGAAAACUCCAAGGAUCGUACGCUAUCGACAUUACGAUAUGGCAAAUCAAAUGUUAGACUACAAACGUGAAAUGCUUACUUUAUACAUUCCAUUUCGUAAUGAAGAAAGGGACAUUUUAGCUGAAAUGCGAUUCAAUCAAAUUUAUGAAGAAAACGAACAACUGAUUUUAGCUCGUCGUGAAGAGUUCGAAGCAAAUUUAGAUAUUGACAAAAUUAUUGAAGCAUACAGAAAAUUAUGUCACCCUGAUGAAAAUGAGGAAGACCUUGAAAUUUUGCCGCUUAUACAACAUGAUGCAAAUCCAUUUAUUGAAUUUUAGAACAAUCCAGACUCAGGAUUCAAUGAAGAUCUUUUUGUGGCGAGCAUGCAUUUACUUGGACCCAUUGAAGUACAUUUUACAUGAAGUAAUGCGUCAAGAAGAUCGAGAGUUUUCGUCUAUUUUAACAAAAAUUGGUAGUGGAUCACAGUUAAGUUUAGAGGAAACAAAUAUUAUCGAAUCAAGAAUGUUCACUGAAGACGAAGCUAAACAAAUGUGUCCAUCAGGAAUUCGAUUAUUUUUUCAAGUUAAGAAAGUUUAAAAUUACAACAAUUCGAUCCUAUCGACGUAUGAUACAAAAUACGAGUCAAUUUCUGAGGACAUAAUCAUGAAUUGUGAUGACCCGGUAAGUACUUGCUCAAAAAUAUUUAGAUGCAUUUGCAAAAAAAGCACCCGUUGAUACCGGUGGGCUGCCACAUAAAAUAAUUUUUGUUAAUGAUUUACCGUACGUCAUAACAAAAAAUGUUGACGUUUCAGACGGAAUCGCUAACGGUAAUGUAGGGAAAUUGAUACAUCUUGAAUUUGACGAUACUAAAUUAAUUAGAGUAUGGUUACUGUCUCCGGACAAGAAUGUGGGGAAAAAAAUCCGACAAAAAUUUGCUCAUCGCAUCGAGGAAUUAAAUAUUAAUAGAUACUCCGUGCCAAUCAAGUCAUUAUCAACUUCAUCACCAAUCAACGGUCGUCAACGUAAUACUGUAAUAAAACGAAAACAUUUUCCAUUAUCAGCUUUCAAUGCAUCAACGAUUCAUAAAGCACAAGGAGGAACGUACAGUGAAGUUGUUUAUCAUUACGAAAAAAAUCAUGCUCAAGAUUUAGUUUACGUAGCUCUUAGCCGCGUGACUGGUUUAAACGGUCUUUACAUCGUGUCAGAAGAUAGCAACAAAAUUUUUUAUCACACUGGUUGUCGAGUUACUAAACAAACACAAGACUUGAGAAUAGAAUUAGAGCGACUUUCGUUGAAUCCACUGAUUACUAUCACCGAUGAAAUCUCGAAUUUCAUUAUGAGUCGACGGGGUUUGUCGAUGAUAUCAUUCAAUGUCCAAAGCUUACGAGCUCAUUCGAAAGAUAUUUCUGCAAGUCUGACAAAAUCAAUCAAUACUCUUGUUUUAUGUGAAACUAAUUUGAAAAAUAAUGAGCAAAUUUUCACCCAAUUUUCAUUGUGUGAGUAGGCAGAAACAUAGUACUUCUCGAUAUGGUGGAGUAGCUAUACUAAAAACAAUGAUAAUUCAUUGAGGGUUCCUUCAGUAAUGCAAGCAUACAUCAAUAACAUGAGUGUAAGUCAAGCAACUGCUUCCGAAUCUGCUGUGGGAGAUUUUUGUGCAGCUAUUUGUCAACUCGAUGAAAACAGAAAACUCGUGAUUGCGUCAAUAUAUUAUAUUAAAGUAAAUAAAAAAAUAGAUGAUGUAAUGGAUUUUCUAGGUUUUCAUCUAGCUCCAUUUGCUACGUCAUCAGCUCAAAUCUUCCGUUCUCGAGAAAUAUAUUCACGAAUGCCUGUUAUUUUGUCUGGUGAUUGUAAUACAGAUUUCAAGAAAGAAGAAUCUGCUCCACUCAUUGAAUACUUGAGAGAAGAAAUGAUAAAUGAUAAAAAUGUACCCACCACGAGAUAUGGUUCAACGAUCGAUGCGGUUUUUACUAGAUACAUUGAAAAAAUCGAAUGUAAAUCACUGUUCACGUAUUUUAGUUACCAUAAAAUAUUGGUUACAUUUAUAAACUGUGAAACUCAUAAUGAAGAUGGAAUGAUAAUAGAAUGAUUGACAAGUGAUAACUGCGUUAAAAACAACCGACUUCAAACUUGCACUUGCAAAAAUGCCCAUAAAAUAAAAACUACUGGGUCUAUCCGAAUAAAAUUUU